CACACACGAAAAUAUUUUUAUACAAUAGAAUUAUAAAUCUCAUUCAAAAUAAAUUAACAAAAUUUCGUUGCUAGAAAGUAAAACACGUUCUAUAACCAAUUUUGAAUCUUUAUAUAUACAUAUAUUUGCCCAAUAAGUGCUGUUUUGGCUGAAUUGAAUUUAGAAACUACUAGUAAGUAUAUUAUAUAUGCAGAAAGUUUAUUUGUUUUUCAAAAUAUAGGACAUGGCUGUAAAACAAAAUAGUGCGGAAAACUCAAAUCAUGCUUCAUCAGCUAAAAAGCAGAAAAGCUCGAAACAAAACCAGCAACCUAAACAUGAAAAAAUUAAUCCCCAGGCUGGAAGUUCGCAAAAUUGUAGUAUAAACAAUGAAGUCAACAAAGAGAAUCGUUAUGAAAAUGUUAGCAAUCAUUUAACCAUCGAAAUGAUUCUAAUGUGUUUUGAAAAAGUGCAUAAAAAACAGGAUGAUUUGACUUUAAAUGAAACUUUGAAUUAUUGUUCAGAUUUUAUACGAAAAAUGGCAGAAUUGCCAGAGCCUCAUGAUGCAUCUGAAAUUAAGUUAUUUAAAGAGAAUAUUCAGGGAAUUGGCAAGCUGCUUGAAGGCAUUGCUUCAUACAAUCGAGAGCAUACUCAAAAUUUCUAUUUAAAAUAUUUAAACGUUGUUUGUGAGCUAAUAGCUACAGAUGGAUUUGAUCCAUGUUAUGCUAUUGCCAUUAUUUUUCAGUUAUUUCCUGAUGAUUUCAUUUUAAAUGCAGUUAUAUUACCAUUAAUAACGCGAACUCAGAAUGAUGAGAGAAUUAUAAAGAAAAGUGUUCGCAUUUUAUGCGAUUGGUUGAGAAAAUGUACAUUUUGUUCUAAUUUAAACUUGUGGAUAUUAGCAAUAUUUAGUGAACUUAAAAAAGAUGUAACUAAAUAUAAUUUGCUCAUCGAAACAUCUCUUUUAGUAAUUGAGCCCCUUACAAUUGCUUUAAUUAUACCUAUUCUCAGGCCUAAAGUUUAUCCAAUAGUGUUUGAAAUUUUGACUUCAUUUAAGGAUUCGCCUGUUGUUUUUCAUAAAACGGUUACAAGAAUGCCUUUAGUACUGAAACAGUUGAAAAAAGAAUGUGAAACGACCACAGAAAAUCAGCAACAGACAAAAAAAAUAUUUCAUGAACUAGUAGAUUUAAUGGCAGCCUUAACGGAAAAUUUUCCAAAUCAUCAAGACUUGUAUAAACAAUUGAAUGAAAUUAUUCUGCAGUGUCAAAAAUCAUAUGAAUACAGAUCCGCUUUAAUUGGUGGGAAUUCAUUAUACCUUAGCGAUCCCCAAAUGGAUUAUAAUAACGCAGUUAUUCUAAAUAAUCCAAAAGUUGGUUUAGUUAAUCUUGGAAACACUUGUUAUAUGAACAGCGUUUUACAAGCAUUGCUUAUGACAAAGGAUUUUUGUCGGGAUAUAUUGCUUUUGAAGUCGAAAACGCAGAUUUUGUACAAAAUACAACAAUUUUUCGCAUUACUAUUGCAUUCAUCCCGACCAGAACUGACACCUUCAGUUAUAUUGCAAGUUGCAAGACCUCCAGGAUUUUCUCCAGGGUUUCAGCAAGAUAGUUCUGAAUUUUUAGGUUAUUUCUUGGAAACAUUACACGAACAAGAAUUGAAGUCUAUUAAGGCAGGUGAACAAUUAUUGAAAAGCCACAAUGAUAAAUUAGGUGAAAACAAAUUAGCAAUUGCUCAAAACGAGCAGCAGAUCAAUGGCGCUGUAGCUGAAAACUGUGAUGUUGAUGUAAUAGAUAGCGUAGAAAUAUCAAAAGGAGUAAAGCUAGAAGAUAAUCUAACUUUGGAAAUGGAAAUUGAUGAAAUACCAAAUAAUAAUGAAAUUGACGUUUCAAAAUCUAAAGAUCUUAUACUCACCACGAUUGACAAAAACUUUACAGGAAAAAUUGUUACAACUUAUAAAUGUUUAGUGUGUGAUUUUGAAUCAAAAAAUAUUGAUUCAUUUAGAGAGUUACAGUUGUCAUUUCCUGAUCAAAAACAUAUUGAGGAUGGAUUUCCACUUACUUCACAUUCUUCUGAUAAUAGUAACAGUUAUUCUAUUCAAAAUUUAUUAGAUUUUCACUGUUCGACCGAAAAACUUAAUGGAGAUAACCAAUACUUCUGCGAGAAAUGUAAAAAAUUGUGUGAUGGUGAGCGAUCACAAAAUUAUGUUAUACCACCAAUUAAUUUAAUUGUGACACUUAAGCAAUUUAAAUAUGAUCAAAAAUAUAACAUGAGAGCAAAACUAAUGCAUAGAAUUCAUCUAAAUCAAAAUUUAUCUUUAAAUAUAAUUUCGCAAAACGAUAACAACAAAAUAGAAACCAUUGAUUAUUGUAUGUAUGCUGCUGUAGUUCACACUGGUUUUAAUAUGGAUUCUGGACAUUAUUAUACAUAUGCAAAAGAUGCCAAAAAUCCAACGAAUAUAGAUCCAAAUGGUGAAUUAGAUCAAAUUUGGUUUAAAUUUAAUGAUAAUUAUGUAACAGAAUGUAGUGAAAUAGAAUUAUACAAUAUAAAUCCACCAAAUACCCCUUAUAUAUUAUUUUAUAGAAUGAAAUCACGAAGUCGAUUAGAUGGUUGCAAAACUGAAAUUAAACCUUCUAUUUGCCCAUUUUUGGAUGAACUACCCUUACCUUUAAAAAAUUAUGUCAACGAAGAUAAUGUGGAAUACAAAGCUGAAAAGGAACGCUGUACACAACCGGAUAAAGUUAGGUUAAUAUUGCGUUUAGAUUAUUAAUCUUUUAUAUGCAAUUAAUAAUGUCAAUAUUAAUGACGACUGUAGGAGUAAUAAUAACUAAAUAAGUAGGGGUGGAUCAUUUUGAAAAAUUUAUCUGACCAUCACGUAAUUGUUGGUGAUAAUGCGCUUGGCAAUAACUUCUAACUUAAUUUAUUCAUUUGUGUAAAAAUAUGAAUUUUUAAAAAGAAUCGUAAAUAUACAUAUAUUGUUUUAAACAUA